AUGAAUAAGAAUACGACUACCAAUAAGAAUACGAAUUUGAAUAGCAGUAGAAACGCUAGCUCUCCCGAUGAGGGAGGUCACCGAGACAAGACGGGAUUGAUAUAUUGGACCAAUCCUAGCAAGUCAGGAGCGAGCUUUGUUGCGACCCUAGUGAGUUUAUUGAUCUUCAGAAAUGUCAAUGUUAUUUCUGUUUUGCUUAAGAUCGGAUACAUGGUCUUGUUCACGAGCUUUGCGGUGGAACUUUCUACAAAGGUGUUAUUUGACAAAGGAGUAGUGUCCAGGUUUGGAAUGCAAGAGUCUCCAGACAUUGUUGGGGUCUUGAAGCCUCAUAUCGACCGCGGAUUGGAUCGCAUGCCUGCGUUAGAAGACAGAAUCAGAAAGCUAGUGUUUGCACACAGGACAAGGAACAAUUUUACCAUUGGUGUUUCCCUAUACUUCUUGCACGGCCUAUUUGCCAUUUUUUCCAUGAAUACUGUUUUGAUAAUGACCACUAUCUUUUUGUACACUGUACCUUUGAUAUACGACAGAAAGCAGGUUAGAAUUGACCGUGCUAUCGACAGAGUUAAGGACUUAGUUAUUCACAGGUUCCACAAGAAUUACAACAAAGUGGUUGAAAAGACUGAGCCAUACAUUGAUAAGAUUAUCCCACCUCAAACUGACGAAAACAGCUACUCAACUUCUAUUAGCAGCAAAAACAAUUCUUCUACUUCUCAACGUAACAAAGGCGGCUUUACCUCUUCUGAGUUUGACAAAAAGGACAACACUGCAUCUUCCAAAAGUGGUAAGGACAACCAUUCUACUUCUCAAUAUAACCGAGCUGACUAUCCAACUUCUCAGAAUGAGAACAUUGGCACGUUGAAAUCUGGCAAACAGCAAUUACCAACAGAAAAGGAUUUCAACAACAGGCACGAAAACUUUAGUAAGCCAGAUGUCAAAACAUAUGAUCCAAGAACAGUUGAUAUUGAAGAAGAAUUAGCAGCUCAUCAGCGUGAACUAGAACAAAACCUAAAAGAGGGUGACUACAACCUAGUAGGAAGCAAAGAAAUUCCAGACCCAAUCACUGUUCCGGCUCCAACUAAACGCACUGCAAUUCCCACCGAAAACCAAUCAAUUCCUAUUAGCAAGAAUAACGAAACCUUACACAAAACCACGCACGGCCUGAAGCAAAAAUUGCAACAUGCAUAA